AUGGCGCCUCUACUUUUCCGACUGCUCCUCGUGCUUCUCGUGGCUGGAACCGAUGGCCUUCGAAAGCACCACCGAAGGCAUGGUCACAAGCGCGUGCAAGUGGCCAACACACCGGAGGCGGAUACCGUCAAGGCCGUGCUGUCCGAUGAGAGCCUGUCCGAUGAGAGCUUGAUGGCGGAAGAGCGAAUGGCUGAAACACUUGUCAAGGAAGCAGAGGAAAAGGUUGACAACGAGCUGGCAGCCCGCAUCACGAAGGACCCUGCUGUCAAAGAACACAAAGACAGUGAUGCCGACAGCAAGGUUGAAAAGACAAAUGAAAAGAAGGUUGAAAGCAAAGCCGCAGUCAAAGCGGACCCGGCACCAAAGUCGAAGCCGGACGCCGACGAGGUGAAGUCCAAUAAGCAGAACGAGAAGAAGGAGGAUGCGGACAAGGAUGAUGAUGAUGGAGAUGAGGACGAUGUGGAGGAGACUGCGGCUCCCGAGAAAAAGGACAGCGACAAAAGCAAAAGCACAACCUCGGCGCCAGAGGAGACCAAAGCCAAAGCGGUCAAGUCUGGAUGUCGCGAAUCGGCGGUGGCUCCUUUACUCUUCCUGUCCUUGGCGUACAUGAAGCUUUUCUGA